CGGCGUAACGUCAGACGACGGGCUUGUUUGGUAACUAUUGUAAGAUCGGGCUUUUUUGAGAAGGAAUCAAAGUAGUAUUUUGUUACAGCGCUUCACAAAACGUAACCGAGAGCGUAGGUCGACUGUUACGUCUUAUUUUGAUCGUCUUGGUUUCUCUUUUUCGCGUUAACGCAGACGGCGCUGCUGAAUCGCACCUGCUGCCGCGGAGCAUGGACAACAAAGACUGAUCCCAGUGCGCCGUGUGUGCAGCCCAGCGACCGCGACACCUAGCCAGGCUGCCUGCGAGCCCACAUCGGCCAAACCGGCUCAUUUAUUUGCAAGCCUUCGCUGCAAAGAGGAGGCUGGUGGUGCGCAGAGGGUUUAUGUGCGCAUGUUUGCUGUUUGACUACCUUCGCAGGGCGAUCCGCGCUUGACAGGUUGGUUUAUUUUUAGUACCAUUCGCUUGCGCGUCUUUUCUCUCGCACAUAAAAUAGUAUAUAGCCUAAUAUUUAAGGGAGGGGAAUCGUCAAACAAAAUCGCAACGUCGGCCUAUGUCGGCGCUAUAAUAGGCCCGUAUCACAAAUAUCAUACAGUCAUUCGCGUUGGAUGAUCGCCCUCGACAAUCGCGCGUAUUCAAUGCGCCCGUAAUCAAAGUGAGGAAAAUAUGUGGGUCAAUCCCGAAGAUGUGCUGCUGGCGGGUGCAUUAUGGAUAACAGAGAGAGCCAAUCCUUAUUUCAUCCUGCAGAAACGGAAGGGCCACGGGGAUGGAGGCGGAGGACUGGCGGGUUUGCUGGUCGGGACCCUGGAUGUGGUUCUGGACUCCAGUGCUCGAGUGGCACCGUACAGGAUCCUGUACCAGACACCUGACUCAUUAGUUUACUGGAUCAUCGCUCAUGGAACCUCCCGUAAGGAGAUCACAGAGCACUGGGAGUGGCUGGAGCACAACCUGCUGCAGACUCUCUCCAUCUUUGAGAAUGAGAAUGACAUUACCACCUUUGUCAAGGGAAAAGUCCAGGGCAUCAUCGCAGAGUACAACAAGAACCACGACGUCAAAGAGGACGACGACACGGACAAGUUCAAGGAGGCCAUUGCCAAGUUCCGUAAGCUGUUCGGCAUGCCGGAGGAGGAGAAGUUGGUCAACUAUUACUCCUGCAGCUACUGGAAGGGCAAGGUGCCACGGCAGGGAUGGCUCUACCUCAGCAUCAACCACCUCUGCUUCUAUUCCUAUUUACUAGGGAAAGAGGCCAAACUGGUGGUGCGUUGGGCAGACAUCACCCAACUGGAGAAGAGCGCCACGUUGCUGCUGCCCGAUGCGAUCAAAGUGAGCACACGCACCAACGAGCACGUCUUCUCCGUGUUCCUCAACAUCAAUGAGACCUUCAAGCUGGCAGAGCAGCUGGCCAACAUCGCCAUGCGCCAGCUCUUGGACAACAAAGGGUUUGAACAGGACCGCUCGCUGCCCAAGCUCAAGAGGAAGUCGCCCAAGAAGGUGUCAGCACUCAAGCGGGAUCUGGAUGCCAGAGCGAAGAGUGAGCGCUACCGGGCCCUGUUCCGUCUCCCCAAAGAUGAGAAACUGGACGGGCACACAGACUGCACCCUGUGGACCCCCUUCAACAAGAUGCACAUCCUGGGACAGAUGUUUGUUUCCACCAACUACAUCUGCUUCACUGGCAAGGAGGAGUGCCUGUGUAGCCUCAUCAUUCCCCUAAGAGAGGUGACCAUCGUGGAGAAGGCAGACAGCUCCAAUGUGCUGCCCAGCCCGCUUUCCAUCAGUACUAAAAACCACAUGACCUUCCUGUUUGCUAACUUAAAGGACCGAGACUUCCUAGUCCAGAGGAUCUCGGACUUCUUGCAGCAGACCACCUCCAAGAGCUACAUCGAGAGAGAGCUAACCGGCAGCCUGAACAGCUCAGACGAUGAGGUGUACUCCCAGCAGGGCUCCCUGCUCUCCAGCAGCCCCCAGCGCAGCUUGGGCUCAGAGAGUGAGCGUCAGUUCAAUCUCAACGACAACAGCGUGCCCACGGCCACACAGGCCCUCAUGACCAUGUACCGCCAACGCUCGCCUGAGGAGUUCAAUCCCAAACUGGCUAAGGAGUUUCUGAAGGAGCAGGCAUGGAAGAACCACUUCACUGAGUACGGACAGGGAGUGUGCAUGUACCGUACCGAAAAAACCAAGGAGCUGGUCCUCAAGGGCAUUCCUGAAAACAUGAGAGGAGAGCUCUGGCUUCUCUUCUCCGGUGCAAUAAACGAGAUGGACACCCAUCCCGGAUACUACGAAGACCUUGUGGAGAAGUCGAUGGGCAAAUACAACCUGGCCACAGAGGAGAUUGAGCGGGACCUGCACCGCUCUCUCCCUGAGCACCCUGCCUUUCAGAAUGAGAUGGGCAUCGCUGCCCUCCGCAGGGUCCUCACCGCCUAUGCAUUCAGAAAUCCCAACAUUGGAUACUGUCAGGCCAUGAAUAUCGUGACAUCAGUUUUGCUGCUGUACGCCAAAGAAGAAGAAGCCUUCUGGUUGCUCGUGGCGCUCUGUGAGAGAAUGCUGCCGGACUAUUACAACACCAGGGUCGUAGGAGCUUUAGUAGACCAGGGGGUGUUUGAAGAGCUGGCGCGCGAGUACGUCCCCCAACUGUACGACUGCAUGCAAGACCUCGGUGUUAUCUCCACCAUUUCGCUGUCCUGGUUCCUCACCCUCUUUCUGUCGGUCAUGCCGUUUGAGAGUGCGGUGGUGGUGGUGGACUGCUUCUUCUAUGAGGGUAUCAAGGUCAUCUUUCAGCUGGCACUCUCCGUGCUGCAUGCCAACAUCCACCAGCUGCUUGGCUGCAAGGACGACGGCGAGGCCAUGACCGUACUGGGCAGGUACUUGGACAGCGUCACCAACAAGGACAGCACCUUACCUCCCAUUCAUCACCUUCACUCCCUGCUGACCGACAACGGGGACCCCCAUCCAGAGGUUGACAUCUUCAAACUGGUCCGCAGCUCCUAUGAGAAAUUUGGCUCUAUCCGUGCAGAUGUGAUUGAACAGAUGCGCUUCAAACAGAGACUAAGGGUCAUCCAGACCAUCGAGGAUACCACGAAACGUAACGUGGUUCGAACUAUUGUAACAGAGACAGCCUUCACUAUUGAUGAACUGGAGGAGCUGUACGUGCUCUUCAAGGCAGAGCACCUGACCAGCUUCUACUGGGGCGGCAGCAGCAACCCCACAGAGCGUCAUGACCCCAGCCUGCCGUACCUGGAGCAGUACCGCAUCGACGUGGAGCAGUUCAAGGGCCUGUUCGUCCUGCUGUUCCCCUGGGCCAACGGAGCCCACUCAGACCCCCUGGCCAUGCGCUUCUUCCGUCUCCUUGACCAAAAUGGAGAUGCCCUCAUCAACUUCCGCGAGUUCAUCAACGGCCUGAGUGUCCUGUGCCACGGCGACCUCACUGAGAAACUGAAACUCCUGUACAAGAUGCAUGUUCUACCCGAAAUCACUCAUGAGCAGGAAGAGCCUGACUCUGCCUUCGAGGCCACCCAGUACUUCUUUGAAGAUAUCACUCCAGAAACCUCCAUUGGCCACGAUUCAAAGUGUAGAAGUGAGAAGGACGACGGCUUUGUCAGAGUUACAUUCAAGACGGAAAAAGUGAAGAAACUGCACACUCCUGAUUACCGCCAUUACCUGAAACUGUGGAACCAGGAGGCCAAGCCUAAACUAGAGAACACAAAAGAAAUGCCCAAACUGAAUCAGACCCAAUUCAUCGAGCUGUGCAAGACACUCUACAGCAUGUUCAGUGAAGACAUUGCAGAACAGGAACUGUACCACGCCACAGCCACAGUCACCAGUCUGCUGCUGGAAAUGGGAGAGGUGGGCAAGCUGUUUACCUGCCCCGGUAGCAACGAUCACAAUCAGGAGAGUAAAUUAGAGACAAGCCAACGCACGCACAUGAGAGAUGCUACAGAUUCCAAAACCACCCAGGAGGCAGGACCUGAUGGACCUGCGAUGUUCCAGCAGAGGGAGCAGGAGGAAACCUUCAUCCCUGGAGGUCUGGAGGAGAGUAAGACGAGGCUGUGUGGCGCAGCAGACAAAGGGGAUGAAGAUUGCGAGCAGCUGCCACCUAUGCAAGACAUCAAGCUAGAGGACUCGUCCCCCAAAGACACAGGGACGUCAUCCGCCAUGCUCAUUUCGGAUGACGAAACCAAAGAUGACACCUCCAUGUCGUCCUACUCGGUGCUCAGCGCUGGUUCCCACGAGCUGGAUGAAAAGCUGCAGUGCGAGGACAUUGCAGACGACACGGUGCUGGUGCGCAGCGGCAGCGGGCCCAACAGCGAAAGAAGUUCCAGGCCUCAUGGCGGCGUCCCCCCUGAGAGAGGCGGGCUACCUCACAGCACCAGCAUAGAUAAAGACUGGGCCAUUACUUUUGAGCAGUUCCUGGCGUCCGUGCUCACCGAACAGGCCCUGGUGCAGUACUUUGAGAAGCCCGUGGACGUGGCAGCUCGUAUAAUUAACGCCAAGAACGUGCGCAAAGUAGGACGCACUCUGCUGUCGUCCAGUGACUAUGAGAUCUCGUUAUCUGGCUGAGGCCUCAAACAAGAGUCCACACAAAGACUUCUCUUAGUGUACUGUUUCAGAUGGGAAACAUGAUUAUUAAUCAUGGUGUCAUUGGUGUAAAAAUGUCUCCAUGAGUUCUAGAAGAGACACAUACAUCUAUCUAUAAAGUGUAUGUGUAUGAUAGUUGGAUGAAUGUGAACAAAAACUGCUCUUAGCGGUGUAUUUUACCAGAUGUGAAAGACUUUUAUUAUUGUAAUCACCAGAUUCUGUCCAGCCAAGAGGGAACAGGAAAUGAAUAUAAUGGUUUUACUCAAAGGAAAUCAGUGUGAACAUGUAGUAGCUGUACUUUAUAAGAUAUUAUGCAUAGGCGUUAAUAUUGUAAUCUCGAGUACACUUAGGCUAUGUAGAUGUAAAUGUCCACUGAUUCAGUGCAGUUUCAAACUGGGAUAUUGAUAGUCUACCCAAGAUCUUAAGAUCUACUUAAGGUCGCCUAACAUUAUGUCUAGUCAACUAUUGCUUCCUUACUUUACAGAUCCAUUUGCUGCUAAUCAAUAUUUUGUUGUUUCUCUCACUGGAUGGAAAAAGGAAACUGAUUCUGUGAAAGUUCAGUGGAUGACCACACUGAAUUUUCAUGUGGUAGCAUGUGAAUUGACUAUUCAGCUCAUCAUCUCUUUUAAAACAAUAUUUCACUUUGAUAGGACAUGUUUUCUUUUUUUUUUGCACACAUACCAUAAUGUGACUUCUUGGACAGUCAGUCUCCUGCAAAAUGUUCCCUGGAAAGUCUGUUCCCAGUAAAUGCUCCAUAUUUUUUCCCCAAACAGUUUUCACUGGUAAUUGCAAAAGGCUUCUUUUUAAAGUCGUGUACGUACAUCAAAAUGAUACAGCCGCAUUGCUGUCGGGAUGUUUUCCAGACUCAAAUAAAAGUGAGUGAUGCCACAAUAGAUGCUAUGGGCAACAAUAAUCGUAGCUCAGGAAUUCAAAGGGAGGUAUGUAUAUUGAGAAAUGAAAAUGUUACACUAAAAUGAAAUGCCGAUUUAUGGAGCACCUGCACUCUCUUUAUUAUCUGGAAAAGUUUACAACAUGUUCCACUAAUAUGUAUUCUGCUUGCCUUUUGCCACAUUAUUGUUGUUGUCUGCACUCCCAACUCAGCAGUUGGCCUUUUUCUUUUUCUUUUUCUUUUUUUUAUAAGACAUGUUUGUACCUUUUUGCUCAGUACAUUUUUACAUUGCUGUUUUUAAGUUGUUCUUAUGUGAAUUAUCUUUGAUUUUUAAGUGUACAGGUGUACAUGCUCUGGAUUAUGACAUAUUGUGUAUCACUUCAUCUAAUUAAAAUGACAGUAUGAUUGAUUCUAUGCUGCACAGUA